AUGGCUUCUAACCCGCGACAUCAUGUUCAGCCUCCGGCAGAUGCUGUUCCGAAGCGUUCGGCCCUAGGUGGAAGAGACACUACCGAUACAUCUCCCGAGGCAAGUGGGAGUCGCGACACGAGAGAGGAUAGCAACCCAACGCACUUGGAGGACGUCCCAUCCUCCACUAAAUACCUUUUUAACCGCUACCCGGCGAAGGACGACGCGCGUGAUCAAAUUGCUCGACAUGAGGCAUAUCAGCAGCCCUUCAGAGAGCUUCUGCAACACUCGCGUCGGGGGCGUGAGCUUCACGAGCUUCACGAGCUUCGCAAGCGUAAGGAGCUUGAGCGUCUGAUAUGUCAGCACCAAAUAUUGCUUCAUGUGGAUCAGGUGGAUCAGGCGCUUCUAGAGCUUGAAGAUAAGAAGCUCCCGGCGCCUCUAGAGCGUCUAGUGCUUGGGGCGCAUCGAAAGUUUCAGGAGCUUCUAGAGGAUGAAGAUGAGAAGCUGCACGGGGCUCAGGAACGUCGAGACCUCGCAGAGCGUAAACUUCAGGAGCUACUGGAGCAAAUACUUCAGGAGCUUCACUUGAAGCGUCAGCAGCUUCACUUGAACCGUCAGGAGCGUCAGGAGGGGGCGAAAUUCAAAGCAAGCACUGGAGGACAUAUUCACACAGAAACUCCCAGCGAACAAGACAUUGUACCAAACUUUCCACCUGAAAGUCAAUUUUCUGGAGGACGGCGGUCCCCCUCACACCAGGCGCCGGUUGAGCAUCAAAGACGUGUUCAAAGUGACCACUCGACUCACAGUACAACUGCUUCACCUACAGUAAAAACUUUACCAGGAACAAGACAUUCGGACUUUGCACAACUCCCAUUGAGUUGGAAAACCAUUUUGGCAGUGCGCAAGGCUGUGGAAUACUCAAAGAUCGGCGGUGGCGUGACUAUUAGUGUGUAUUGGACGUUUUUCCAGUUCUUGGAAAAGCAGUUCGGCAAAGGAGAUAUCAAAGUCGAUUCAAUUAUCACGGUAACCGGGUCGGUUCUCCGGGCACAAGCAACGACUUGCGGUGAUUACAUCCGAACAACGUGGUCACGCAAUGGCCUUUUUUUUAUUCGCGUACUCGAAGGCCUUUGGAAGUCCUAUAGGGUGAUGUGUGAAAAAGACAGGAGUCAGAAAGUCACCGGAUUCACUAUACCGUGUGAGGACGGGGAAAGUCAGAACGACACAGGGCUCAGUAUACCGUUUGAGGAUGGCAGGGGUCAGAAAGUCAUCUGUCAUAUCCUUAAAAGUGGGAGCUUGGUGACAGUGGAAGCCAGCAGAGCUAAAGAGAUGAUGAGGGAGCUCGUUCUGAUGCUUGCCUGGGCCGGCGCAGCAUUUAGUUCUCCUCCCGACGAUCAAAACAUCGCCUCCUGCCGCGCGGAACUCCUAUUCUCCGACACAGGGGAAAUUACUUUGUCCUUUCACAAGAAAUCACUGUCUGAGGAUGUCAAGGCCUGCUGGUUACCGCUCUUCUCGGGAGUAUCGAUCGCAUACGGCUUUCCUAUACAUCCACGGCAGGAAGAGGUCGGACUCGAAAUACCUCUGCAGAUUCUCGCCGCUCUGUUAGGCGCCGUUCGCCCUGUCGAAUAUCAGGGCGGAGUAGUUAUCAAGGGGUUUUCUAGCAUGAUUAUACCCAUCGAGAAAAGAGGUGAAAUUGUCCAAUGGCACCUAGUGGCCAAUGCGGACCGUGAACAGCGCCUCUCAUAUCGUGAUGGUCUUGCACGCUGCCCGCAGCGGGCUUUGGUGGACCAAGUGGACUUUGAAUGCCUUCAGCAGACUCGUGCAGUGCUUGGCUGGUGUUCUGCUGCCCGUUGUUUGCUAGGUAGCCAUGAUGCCAACUACAAAACCAUCGAAUACUCGAGUGCUAUGGAGGCCGGAAGGUCGCUCAAUUUUGCAGGAGGAACCCUGGGCUUCCAGCAAUUUGGGGUGGCGCAGCUCGAUUUCAGCCUUGGGCCAAAGGACGGAAAAUGUCACUUCCAGCGAACUGGUCCUUACCAGAGAAUAGUGAGUGUGGCAGAAAAGACCCGGGUUGUCCUCUACGACACGUCGGAUCAACGGGGAUGGCUUGUUCCUGCUUCAGAAGUCAUCCUGCACAUGUGUCAGCACCGGCAUCAGAUUGAGCCUUUCGAGAUCGGCGGUUCACCAGUUCUGCUACCUUGCACCAGAGCUACGGGACAGUCUGCUAAAGAUAUACUUCUUAGCAAUGCAUCGCUGGAUCUCUGCGACCCCAGCUCCGAGAAGUACACCUUGAAGGACCUAUUUUUGAACUACUGGACACUACUUGAGUUUCUUCUAGACCAAAACGUGAGAAGGGAUCAAGCUUCAAGCAAUGAGAUGCAUAUGCCUCUGCACGAGGUGCUCCAAGGCUAUGAAUACAUGUCCGUGGUUGAUGAGCGCUCUCCCUUUCGGACAAAGCAAAUAGCCCUCAGAAGGACUUGUGGUGGCUGGCCGGCUCUAGCACGAGAUGUGGAUGCUCUGGUCCUUUUCGCUAGUGGAUUCGGAGACAUAUUGCGUCCUCUGGAAGAUGACCAGUCUCAUCAUAUGUGCCGCAAGUGGCGUCGUAUGCCCAAGGGACAGGGCUAUCUCGCUACCACUAUCAAAAUCCUACAGGACCUCUAUGAAGUUGCUGGCAGUCGGCUAGACCGAAAAUACCUUACUUCAACUCAUCUACGGUGGGUGCAGGGUGACUCAACGUUGUUCGGGCCUUGCGCCUCUCCAGGAGCAUUCCGCUGUCACUGCGUCCGUGUCCAAAAGAUUGUUCAAAAGUCGCUCUUCUCGCACAGGAUCGACACAACAGGACCCCCAGGCCCGGUCCUUGACGGGUUCGAGAACGGUGCGGUAAUUUUUGGACAGUCUGAUUAUGCUCCUACCAAUACCAGACCCGCGUCCGACAAGCCUAAAACGACUGGGAUAUACAGCCAGCCAAACUUGGUCUUUGUCGCUGCCGGUGAAAGAGAACCGCGUCAAGAUGACCUGCGAGGUUCUACUGACCUUGAGUAUCCAUUCUGGGGAGACACUAUCUCAGCUUCGCAGCCUUUUCGACCGGAGACUGCGCCUACGCACGGUUUUGUUGCAGGAAGGAGUGCCUCUUCAUUACAGUUGUCCAUGGCCAGACUUUCUGCGCAGCAAGUGUUAAGGACAGCAGAGGAGACCGAUAUUCCCAUCCGUCUCCAGUACGCAGAAGGGCAUUCAUCUCCCAGACAAUGGGGUGAAGCUCACUCGUACGGAAAUUCCCCAGACCAUGAAGGGGUCGAGGAAGUGCCCGUGCAACGACCAACAGCUUCGCCGCCUGAAAGCCGGGAAUAUUACGAGAACUAUUCUGAACCUCGAUACCUCGCCAGAGCCGAACAUACAAUCGGGCAUUCCUCGCGCCCCCAUGGCCGAAACACGAAGGAAAGAUCAAUGCCAAUCCGAUGCACAGGCCAUCAUCAGCAUGGGGGAUGA